AUGGGCAGUUUCUGUCGUUUUGGGACAAAAAACGCACCGCAUGUACCGGCGCCUGCGCGGUCCAAGGAGGAGAGAAGCUUGGUGCAAAGGUUGGACGUGUUCCUGUUGACCUUUGGGUGUAUUUCCCAGAUUAUCAAAUUCCUGGAUCAGUCCAACAUAAACAACGCCUAUGUGUCCGGCAUGAAAGAGGACCUGGGGCUCUGGGGCAACGAGCUGAACCUAUUUACCACCUACUUCAACAUUGCGUACUGCAUCAUGCUCAUCCCCUCUCAAAUCAUCAUGACCUACGUGCGACCAAGUUGGUGGCUGCCCUCGCUGGAAGUCAUCUGGGGUGUCAUCACGGGGCUGGUCGCCAUGACUACCAGUGUGAAGCAGGUGUAUAUACUGCGGGUGUUUUUGGGACUGUGCGAGAGCGCAGCAUAUCCCGGCAUGAUCACGCUGUUUAUGUGCUGGUACACGCCGCUGGAAAUGGCCAAGAGGAUCGGCUUCUACCAUUCCUGCCAGGCAGUUGGGCAGAUGAUGUCGGGGGCUAUGCAGGCGUCCAUUGUGAAAACCAUGGAUGGUCGCUACGGCCUUGUCGGGUGGAGGUGGCUCUUUGUCAUCAAUGCCAUCAUCACCGUCGUUUGGGGCUUCGCAGGCUACUUCAUGAUUCCCGACUCCCCAGGGAGUCCCAAUCCAUGGGCAUUCUGGUUCAAGAGGGUCCAUUCAGAGUAUGCUCUCCAUCGACUCGAGAGGGAGAAUCGGCUGGAUGCAAAACCCAUUACUUGGGCCGCAGCCAAACGCAUAUUCUCCACGUGGUUGGUAUACGUCAUUGGGGUCAUGUACAUCGCCAUGGUCCUUGGAACGUCGGGAUACAACUACUUUGGUCUGUUCCUGAAAUCCAUCAAGAAUAGCGACGGCUCACCGAGAUGGACCACUGUGCAGGUCAAUCUGAUUCCAAUUGGCGGCAGUGCUAUAAACGUUGUUUUUGUUUGGAUCUGGGCAUUCUUGUCCGACAUUUUGAGAACGCGAUGGACCUUGAUUGUGCUGCAAGCGGCCAUUGCCAUCAUCGUGGCCAUCAUUCUGACCAUCUGGACGACGAAUCCGAGCGAGACUCCGUUGUCAGCGGCGUAUGCUGCUUAUUUCAUGGCGCAUGUUCCACUUGGAACUGCGCCGCUCAUUUGGGCGUGGCUUUCUGAUCUCGCGCCACAAGGACCUGAAGAACGAUCACUCACUGUCGGUGCCGCUAUUGCUGGCUACUAUUCCAUUUCGGCAUGGAGCCAAGUUCUCGUCUGGCCCGCCAGCCAGGCACCAUAUUAUAAAUACGGCUGGCAGUCGUCCAUUGCAGUGUGCGCCCUCGUCAUUAUCCUGGCCAUGAUUCUUCGUGCCGUUGACGUGAAAUACUUCAAGUUCGUGCCUUACUCAGCCCUGGCUGUCGUGUACACGGCUAACGUUUCGGGACAGGCCGAGGAGAAAGGCAGCAUUGGAGGUUGCUAUCAAGCAGGAAACUAG